AUGAAGCCUUCAAUAUUCUAUAGUUCGAGACAACCCUAUCUCAAAUAUUUGGCAAUCAUCUUAACCACCAUCACCAUCUAUGUUCUAACUCAUAGCAGUUAUCUGGCUGAUCCUAAUAUCAAUGAUGUCACCACUAAGCCAAUACUGGAAACUGUGCCACAACCACCACCACAAUCACCUUCAUCACCAGAACAACAACAACAACAACCUGCAAACCAAGAUCAAAUCGUCAAGGUGCCUGAAGAAUUGAAAAACAAACCUCAAGAUUUAGUUGUUGAUAACAAUAAAGAUCAAAAACCAGCUGUAUCUGGUGUACCAAAAUCCUCCUCCUCCUCCCCACAGCAACAAGAGAAACAAGACACCAAAAAAGAACUGGAAAAUUCUUCUUCAUCAAAAGAUCCUGUGAAACCAGAAAAAGUUAAAGCCACAUUUGUCACUUUAGCCCGUAAUUCUGAAUUAUAUGAUUUGAUCAAAUCUAUUCGUAAUGUUGAAGACCGUUUCAAUAGAAAAUUCAAUUAUGAUUGGGUAUUUCUUAAUGAUGAUGAUUUCACCCAAGAAUUUAAAGAUUUAACUACAGCAUUAGUUUCUGGUAAAACCAAAUAUGGGAAAAUUCCUAAAGAACAUUGGUCAUAUCCUGAUUGGAUUGAUUUGAAAAGAGCAGAAGAAACUCGUAAAAAUAUGAAAUUACAAAAAAUCAUUUAUGGAGAUAGUGAAUCUUAUCGUCAUAUGUGUCGAUUUGAAAGUGGGUUUUUUUGGAGACAUCCAUUAUUAGAUGAUUAUGAUUGGUAUUGGAGAGUUGAACCAAGUAUUGAUAUUCAUUGUGAUUUGAAUUAUGAUUUAUUCAAAUACAUGGAAGAUAAUAAUAAAGUUUAUGGUUUUACUAUUUCAAUUCAUGAAUUUAGAGCCACCAUUCCUACAUUAUGGGAUACCACGAAAAAAUUCAUUAAAGAAAAUCCUCAAUAUUUAGCUGAAAAUAAUUUUAUGGAUUUUAUUAGUGAUGAUAAAGGUGAAACUUAUAAUUUAUGUCAUUUUUGGUCGAAUUUUGAAAUUGCCAAUUUGAAUUUUUGGAGAGGUGAAGCUUAUAGAAAAUAUUUUGAUUAUUUAGAUCAAACGGGUGGAUUUUUCUAUGAACGUUGGGGUGAUGCUCCAAUUCAUUCUAUUGCUGCAGCAUUAUUUUUACCAAAAGAUAAAAUUCAUUAUUUUGAUGAUGUUGGUUAUAAACAUAGUGUUUAUACUCAAUGUCCAUUAAAUCCUCAAUUUAGAUACGAACAUAAAUGUCAUUGUAAUCCAGAUAAUGAUUUUACUUUUAGAGGUUAUUCUUGUGGUAAGAAAUAUUUUGAAAAAAUGGGUUUACAAAAACCUAAAGAAUGGGAAAAAUAUCAAUAA